UUGUUGUUGCUAAGGGACCCAGCCAGUUCAACGGAGGACCAGCACCACCAGUGCAGUGAAAGUGAACCACAGGUGUGCGGUGGAUUCAUUACAUUUAAACACCUGUGAACCAAAUCCAAUAUGGUCGUGCAUAUGUGAGUGAGGGGAAAAUAAUGAGACACAGUGGCAGAGUGAUACCCCAAAUCAGUGGGCCCUUGACAGAUACACUUUACUAAAGCAGCACUGCAGCCCAUAAAUGUUUCCUCUACUGAUUUAAUGUCCUCUAGAAAUCUCCCUGCAGCCCAGAACAGUGUUACUGCAACUUGUAUCCAUACAGAUCUCCAUUUCCUGUGUCUGCCAACACUUGGAAGCUCCUCCCCACACUCACUCUGUGGCUGUAGGAAGCUCCUAAUCACUGCAGGAAGCUUGUCUCCCAGUGACAGCAAAUGAUAUUCUGAAUAGAUGGGUCAGGAAGUGAUUUCCCAUUGGCUGCAGGAAGCUUGUCUACCAUUCGCUAAAGCGACAGCAAAUGAUAUUCUGAAUAGAUGGGUUAGGAAGUGCUUUCCCAUUGGCUGCAGGAAGCUUGUCUACCAUUGGCUAAAGUGGCAGCAAAUUAUGUUUCGUUAUGACGAUGCAAGAAACCCCUCUCCCAUUGGAUGCAGGACACAAAAUAUCCCUUAUUAAUGUUCUGUGUGUGUGAGACAGAGAUGGACUGGAGCCUGAUGCCUAAUACUGAGUGUGUAUGGGAAUGGGGGUGCCUGUGGGGCCUCACAGUGGGUGAUGGGACAGAUCCCUCUCUUCUAAACCUCUGCCAAGCCCACCUUUAUACGUCACAUACCCCCUUCCCAGGUGAUACUCUUCCUGUGGAGCUGUAAGGGCAUCAGGAAUUCUUCUGUGAAUGAACACUGGCAAUUCACCUCAGAUGUGGCAGCAAUAAGCCAAUUUCUACUCAAAAGACAAUUGCUGCAAAGCGUCAAUGUUUCCUUUAGUUGGUCUUUAAUGAUUCAAUGAUUUAUUCAUUACUGUGUAACGCGAAUAUCCUUGUGAUUGAAACAGGGGGAUCCAAUGGUGUCUAAAUGUCCAUGUUACCCCUCAGCAAGUCAGGGGUACGAGAAAGAUGGGAGAGCUCAUCACUGGAGACCUUCUAUGAAAAAAAAACAAUUACAGAAUUUUCUAAUAACUGCUAUGGGCCCAUCAAUGGCAACUGCACCUUAGAUAUACUGUGUCCAAUGGAGAGAGGCAGAUGGGGUCACAUGACACUGACAAGAAAUCGCCGCAGGGCAAAGUGACAGUUAAUAACAGUUUUCUCACUUUCAUGUCUGGGAUCAGAGUGAAAGUUCUGAGCGAUUCGAAGCGACUUCAUAGCGAUUUCUACGUGAUUUCCUGUGAUUUCCUGAGAUUACCAGUGAUUUUCCUGCGAGAUAUUCAGCAUUUUUGACGUUUCCUAGGAAAAAACAUCUUCCAUUCACGUCUGCUGAUAUCUUUUUUUUUUUUUUUUUAAAAACCCAACUGCUCUUUUAAGAGCAAAAAGACUUGGGCGCAAUGCCAUUCUGCGCCCCAUGGAGGAAGGUAAGUUGGCGGUUACAUUUUUAUUUGACUAAGAAAUGUUUUUUCUAGUCCCAAAGUUUAAGCGGUCCUAAAAUGGUUUUGCUAUAUGGCCCAGUAAUUUUCAAUUAUGCUAUGGUCCCUGUUACUUUACUAAUUAGUAGAUUUGGGAUAAGGGCAUCUUUCACACAGGGUAGUACCAUUUUGUUAUUCAGCAAGUCUUGUGCCUUAUACUGUCCCUAAUAGAAUCUUUCUCUUUUCCCUCAGCGACAGUCAGAAUCCAGCUCCCUCUCUGAGAUUUACAAGGUGAGUAGAAAAGAGGGAAAAAUAAUGUGACCACUCACUGUAAAUGCUGCUAGAGCAUGGAAUCUGGGAGUUGGUUUGGUGAUGGACAUAUUUUACCCUUUUGAAAUAUUAUGUUAUGACUAAAGUUCCCCUUUUAUUCUAUUUUAUUGUCCAGCCUCCUGAUGGUCGGCUGACCAAGGAUGUGCUCCUCGGAGAGGGUGGCACCGGAGACGUCUACAAGGUAAGGGACCAACCAAAUUAGGGUUGAAUAGAAAUAACUUACUCAGUGGUUCACAAAAUGGCUUAAAUAGUGCUGUACUUACUUCAGUAUCUUCCCAAAAUGCCUUGUUGUAGCUAAAACCAAGUGUAAGUUAAACUUUUUUGUCUGUAUUACAGGGACGACACCAUCGGAAAGGUGUGGUGGCCGUAAAGAUUGCCAAUAUCAGUCGGGUAACGUAUCUUUAUACUUCCAUUUUUUUUAUAUCAUUCCUAUUUGUGAGGUGGCCUAUGCAAGCUAAAGGGAUUUCUAUUACUCCACUCCAGGAUGAAGAGUCAGUCUGCAGGGAGCUGAAGUUUCUCCAGCAGUUCAGCGGCCACAAGAACGUCGCCUCUUUCUUUGGAGCCUACUACAGGGCUCCACUCACGGAGUGCUCAUCGGAGCUCUUGGAAAUUGUUCUUGAAUACUGUGGUGGCGGUUCUCUCCACAACCUCAUCAGCAAGACCAAUGGCCAAUCCCUGAAGGAGACCUGGAUUGGCUAUGUCUGCAAGGAGGUUUUAAAGGGGCUGCACCACAUCCACAAGAACCGGGCCGUUCAUAGAGACAUCAAGAGCCUGAACAUCAUGCUCACAGAGACGGCCAAAGUGAAGAUCAUCGACUUUGGAAACAGCUGGAACCUGGACCCGCAAACUGGAUUGUGCCACGAAGCGGACGGGACUGCACAUUGGAUGGCACCCGAGGCCAUAAGGCAGAAGGGCCAGCGCCUGGCGUACGACACCAAAUGUGACAUCUGGUCGCUGGGGAUAACCGCCAUCGAAAUGGCCGAGGGAAAACCACCUUACGAAGAUCAAUACCCAGUGGAGCACCUGAUAAGAGAAUCAGAACCACCAAAGCUUCGAUCAAAGACCUGGUCACAACAUUUUGUGUCUUUUCUGGAGUCCUGUGUGAAGAAGGAUCCUUCUGAGAGAGGGAGUGCUGAAGAACUCCUGCAGCACCCAUUCAUCAAAGAACUGCCCCCUAAGAAGAUCAUCAGGGCUGAGAUUAAAGAACAUCUCUGGGCUCUGCAGAAUCGGCCGGCCAAGAAAGGAUUGAAGGGAAAAGCUCUCUGUGCCAUGAAACAGCUGCGUCGCGCUUGUGACUUCUGCGCACACAGCACAGCAGAGGAACAAAAAGUGUCUCUGCAAAUGGCCCUGGAGGGCCUUCCCUGCAAUUGAUCUUGUGGCCAGUAACAUCCACAGCCCAGAAUGAAGCUCCUAUGUAAAAUCCUAGGUGAAAGAAACAUCCACAGAGAAAGGUGAAGCAGCUCAACCAGUGUAGACUUUGAGAUUAGUGCAGCUCCACCAGCAGUGUCUGCUCCUCCCCCUGAAGCGCCAGGAUGAUAAUUUACUAAUGUAACCAGUGGCAUCUUGACAUCAUGCAACACCACCAGCAGUCUCACAUUCAAGGUUCACAUCUUCACCACUGGUACCUUACAUUUCAACUACUGUACCAUUAUUCUACCUAUUGCUUCUAUAUUUCACACAACUUUGUGCCUUUUCUUCUUCUACUGCUCCUCCUCCACCAGACUCUAUCAUGCCAACACACCUCCAGCAUCUACAGUUUCCACCAGCAUUAUCCUUUGCAGCUACCACAAUUCCAGCAGUGGUGUCUCCUGAUUUUCAAAGUCCACAGUUCUAGCAGUGGUACCUUACUGUAAAUCUACCAUAUAUUUGUCUCCACCACUAGCUACCAACUUUUUUUAUUCUGCUGCUUUUCUACCAGCAGACCACCAUGCUGGUACACCUUCAGCAUUUGCAGUUCCAGCUACCGUAGCCCAAACAGUGCCUCUAUUUAUGGCUCAUUUAAUAUCUCAUUUCAGGCUACCACAGCUACAACAGUGGCGUCUGGAAUUCAUGUGACUACAUGAUAAGUCUCUCUAAAAUCAUCACAUUUCAUACAACCAUAGCUCCAAUAGCGAUAUCCGCCUUAGAAUUUCACAGACUUAGCAGUAGCAGUAGCAUUUAGCAUUAGCAGUAGCAUUUUUCAGAGACAUUAGUUUUUUUAAUUACCAUACCUCCACCCAUGGCCUCUUCUUUUCAUUCACCUUUAGCUCCACUAUCAGCCUCUUCCCCUUAUUCUACUGAACCUAUACCAGUAGGCUCAGUCAUCAUACCAAUACCAACACACUUCCACCAUCACCUUCUUAUUUUCAAGGCAACACCAGCAGUAGUGAUUACUGUCAACUGCCACAUCUGGAAUUGCUGGGCCCCCUUUUGCAGAUUUGUUAAUAGCUUCAAAAACUCAUCUGAUCCACCAGUAGCUGUUGUCUUCACACACCCUCAAGAAACCUUCUCCUUGAAUCUAAAUUCUCAUCUAUAUUUUUAUUGCUCCCUUAGUUCAGAAUUUUAAAAAGUUAUCUUUAAAAUACCAUUGCUCCUAAUUUCACAUCUCUUGUCUUCAAACAUCCACUUCUCCUACAGCAGAGUAAAAACGAUGCCCAUAUAUUAACUAGUUUUAAGGGUUACAUGCAUUUUCUUAUUAGAAGUUGAUCCAGGGACUUGUCCGAUUGCCCUUUGGGAGUCAGGAAGGAAUUUUUCCCCAUCUGAGGCAAAUUGGCUCUGGCUUCAGAUGGGGGUUUUUGCCUUCCUCUGGAUCAACUACUAAAUAGGUCCCAUUUACACUACAAUUUUAACUUAAUGGACGCGAGUUCUUUCCAUUUUAAAUGAAUAUGAAUAAAUCUGUAGUAUAUAAAUACA